AUUUGUUGUUAUUUCUUUACGCUGGGUGAAGCUGUCAACUAUAGCUUCUUGGCUGGACUGAAGUGGCAUGGCAAAGUGAAGUUACGUAAAGGACGUGGCUAUUUUGUGGGCGGAUCUGUGGUAGCCAGUAGCUGGCUAGGAGAUCUCCGUCUCCGGCGUUUUAGCCAGACGGGCUAGCAAUGACGGAUACAAUUACUCCUGCUGGGGUCUGGAUUGUGAGCCACCAGACAUGAUUUUAUGGAGACCACCCUACAAGACCUGAGCUGAUUUGUCAGCCUUGUGUAGGUUUGGUUUUCACCCCCCAAGUCUCCUCUGGAUAUCAGCUGACCAUGGUGGUCUGAACAGAGGAUAGCCUGGCCCAGUGUGUGUUAACUCUAACACAGCAAGGCUUGACCAACAGAGGCACAGAGACGGACCGAAGCAAAGAGAAAAAGCCUAUUUAAACACAACAUGUCUCAAAACAGAGAACUGGUGGCUUUCUACAUAAACUAUAAACUCUCCCAGAGAAACUAUCCUCUCAACCACAUGGGACUCAUAGAGCCUCCAAACAGGACUGAUGGGGGGGUCGCAGGGUUGGUUGAGGAGGAGAGGGUAGCAACGCACGCCAACGGGACUUUGAAUGGUACGAGUCCUGGGACCCCACCAGCGUCCCCGCUACGGCAGCAACAGCUGGCGGCGACGACGAGCCUGGACGCGGUGAAAGAGGCCCUCCGGGACUCGGCCAACGAGUUUGAGCUGCGAUACGCCCGCGCCUUCAGCGAUCUGCACAACCAGCUGCACAUCACGCCGGCCACGGCCUACCAAAGCUUCGAGAACGUGAUGGAUGAGGUGUUCCGGGACGGGGUCAACUGGGGCCGCAUCGUAGGGCUUUUUGCUUUCGGUGGGGCGCUGUGCGUGGAGUGCGUGGAGAAGGAGAUGAGUCCGCUGGUGGGCAGGAUCAUUGAGUGGAUGACGGUUUACCUGGACAACCACAUUCAGCCUUGGAUCCAGAGCCAAGGAGGAUGGGAGCGCUUUGCCGAAAUCUUCGGGCAGGACGCGGCAGCAGAGAGCCGGAGGUCUCAGGAGAGUUUCAAGAAGUGGCUGCUGGCGGGGAUGACCCUGGUGACCGGAGUCGUGGUGGGCUCACUCAUCGCCCAGAAACGCCUGUGAACGGAGCUACACGCCAACCUUCCCCGACACUCACGAGCCUCUCCCCCCGCCUUCUUCACUACCCCCCCUGACCUACACAUCACGGAAGUUAAAUUGAAGGUCCCGUUUGUCUCGUCGCAAACUGCUGACAAUGUUUACUUUAUUCCCCCCCCCACACACACACACACACACACACACACAUCCCACAGUGGACUGAGAAUCCUUACAUGUUGUUGAACUUUUGCGAAAAAGACGAAGAGGAAGCUUUACUAGUAUUCACGUGUUCCACCUUGAGAAAAAAUAUGUGGUUAUACAGAGACAGACAUGUUAUUUUUUCAUUAACUGAACAAAUUCUUCCCUUUUUUAUUUCUCCACUUGUUCUUUAUGUUUGUAUUCAUUAGUUUUAACAAAUUUUGGUUUUCCCAUUUUUGGUCGUCAAAAGAGACUAAAAGUCUUCAGAGAUCUGAAGAGCCAGUGCGUUAGGGGCUAGGCUGCUCUACAUGUCUCGUUGGGAUGCUCGCCCCCACAGACGGCUCUGUGUGUGCCAUAUGGAGAGGGAAAGCAGGGGAGGACGUUGCACUGAUCCCUGAGCAGCAUUUGUAGUUCCCGUUUCCUACCAGCUGUCCUGAUCACCGUAUAUCAGGUCAUAUAGUCCAUAUAGGCCAUAACCCAUGACUCCACACACUGAUUCCUUUGUCUCGCCCUCUGCGUAAUUCUUAUUGGUUUAGUAUGAAUGAUAAAUUCGAAGGAUUCAAACAUUUUAGUUAAUAAAACACGAGAAUCUUGGACUAAAUAAUGGAAAACUAACUCCUCUGCUUGUUUGUGUUUGUUGGUGCGUUUUUGUUUUGGAUUUGUGAACUAUUAAAACCCCACUGGUCCCGCUGAUCUGUGCUUUAUGGUCAUACUUGGCCUCGAUUUGAUCCGGUUUGUGUUUAGUCAGCCUGCCGAGUGCCAGAGGCCUGUGUGUGGCAAGUUCUCCGAAUCAGUGCAACCGCAGUUCAUACAAGCAGCAAAUCCUGUAGCAGCACACAGAAUACACAGAGCGGCACCGGUCACCCCAACACGCACCGGACAGCACGACUGGCACGUAAGUCACAUAUCUCGGUGUAAAGUUCUUUUUUUAUUUUUUUGGGCAACACUUUGUUUUAACCCCCCUAUUUAGCAUUUAUUAGCAGUAUAUAAACAUUUAAUAAAUGGUUAAAAAAUCACCACAAUAGUGUUUAUUAAUGUAUUUGUCAACAAUGCAACUUCUCCUAUGGUGUUUCCAUAACUGGUUUCAUAAACAGUUAAUGAAUGAGAGACGAGAUAAGUUUGAAUCAUAUUUAAUGAAUUCACACAAUCUUACAGUGUGAUAUUAGACCUGGACUAACUUAUCCACAUGAACAUGUUUAAUAAAGACAUUCAUGUUGAUGAAUACACCCUAUAUCAGUUUACAAAAUAAAACUACAACUGAUGUUAGGGAGUCUAUAAACACAGACACAUAGAGCGCCAUUUUUCCCCCGGCGCAGCUAAGCGCAAAGCCUGACGCAAGUGUCUUUGCUAGUUUAAGAGCGAAGCAGUUGUCAAUGGCCCGUCCAGCGCCCACGUGGUUUAAAAAGCACCUGCACCCAUGGGCGUGCUGGUCUUACAGGGAGGUGUGUUCAGGUGCAUUCUUGGCGUAUUGCUAUCUUGAGGCAGCAGGAAGUGCUUGCGCCAUUGACCAACAAGAACCUGAUCUAAAGUCAAUAGCGCAGCAUUUCAUUGUUAUGCAUUAGUAAAAUACGGCUAGGCUCGUGCACGGCGUACACACACGCACACACACAUGCAAAAACAAUCACAAUAGCAAUGCGUCAAGGUACAAACGCGCCUGGCUUUUAAAGCAAAUGGGAGAUUACAAUCUGAAUGGUUUAUUACAUGUUACACCCCAAACACACCUAUGAAUUAAUGAAGACACCAAGAACAGCCCUUUUGAAUGAUGCGCCUGGUGCACGAGCCCUUUUUUCCGCCGCCAAACUAUGUGGACUCGGACACGCCCUGAUCGCACCUGCGCCACGCGCUUCACGCCCUUAGAUCGUUAAAAUAGGGCCCAGAAUAUUGAUAAGGUUUUGAUUAAUGUGAAAAGGAUGCAUAGCCUACUCAGUGGGUUGUUUUACAUUUGAAAACCAGCCUGUCAGUGCUCUCCGG